AUGAGUUUGAUUUCAGCUAUUAAAACUCCUGCUACAACCACCCCUGCAAAAGCAGCAAUCAUCUUCUUACACGGUCUUGGUGACUCUGGAGACGGAUGGAGCUUUUUACCACAAAUUAUCAACCAAACAAAAUUGAUCCCCACAGAUGUGGCAAACUCCAUCAACUACGUAUUUCCCAACGCACCACAGAUCCCCAUAACUGUCAAUGGAGGUAUGAGAAUGCCAGGCUGGUUUGACAUUUACGAGUUUGGUAACCCCAAUGCCCGCCAGGAUGUAGUUGGCUUUUUCAAAACAAUCACCGAUGUCGUUAAGGAAUUGAUUGACGAACAAAUCAACAAGUACAACAUCCCAGCAGAAAAAAUCAUCAUUGGCGGAUUCAGUCAAGGUGCCGCCAUCUCAUUGGCAACAUUGGCAACAUUAAACUUCAAGAUUGGCGGAGUUGUUGCCUUAUCGGGAUUCUGCUCUCCACCAGUAGCUGAAGAAUUGGAGAAAAAAUACUUGGUAAGUGACGUCAACUUUAACACACCAGUUUUCCAAGGCCACGGCACUGCUGAUCCAAUUAUUGCAUACGACUUUGGUAAAAAGACUAGUGAAUACUACAAGACAAAGUUGGGCUUCAAAAACUUGCAAUUCCACACUUACAGCGGAGUAGCACACAGCGCUAGCGAGGAAGAAUUGGUUGAUGUCGUCAAGUUCAUCAAGGACAUUAUCGCAAAGUAA